AUGGGCCUCUCCCGUGCUGCCCGCAUUAAGACGCUGCUAGUGAUAGACACCGCCUUCUUCUUUGUUGAGUUGAUAGUCGGCUAUGCCGUUGGAUCUCUCGCACUGGUCGCGGACAGUUUCCACAUGCUCAAUGAUGUUCUCUCCCUCGUUGUCGCACUCUAUGCCAUCAAGCUGUCAUCGAGUGGCGCAUCCGCCAAGUAUUCGUACGGCUGGCAUCGUGCAGAGAUCUUGGCUGCCCUAAUCAACGGUGUCUUUCUUCUCGCACUCUGUUUCUCAAUUUUCAUGGAAGCUAUCGAGAGAUUUUUCUCCACGCCAGAAAUAUCAAAUCCCAAGCUCGUAGUCGUCGUGGGUUCACUAGGGCUAGCCUCGAAUAUUCUGGGCUUAUUCUUAUUCCAUGAACAUGGUCACGAUCACUCGGAAGAAAAGGACCACACCUCAAAAACUGACACACCAACUGCCAAGCCCAUACCAAACAGCGCCACCGAGUCUACACCUUUGCUCAUCUCUUCAACCAGCGCCAGUUCCUCGUCGCAGGCAUCCACACUCCGCCCUCGUGCAGAUUCCAAUACAUCACUAAUUGGUCACCCAGCGCACACACGUGCUGCAUUGGUUGCUGCCGGUCAAGAAGCCAAACGUUCUCAGGCCCGUCCAGUUAGGCAGAGGGCGAAGGCCGAUGAGGAUAGUAUUAUUCGGAGUGCACCAGUGGCAGGUCCAUUUGCUGCUAGUCGGGGAAUCCACGUGCAGAUGGGUUAUGAUGCAUCUGAAGACCGUAUGGAUGUAGUAGUAGACCCUUCCACAGUGCUAUCUGACGACGAGUGCGAGGAUCCCAUGGGCGAUACUGAGGGCCCACACGCACAUGGACACCCCAUCACUCCUUAUGCCCACGAGCAUGAUCAUGACGAACACGACCACGAGCACAACGAUGAUCAUAGCCAUUCCCACGGGCAUGGACAUGGGCACGGCCACAGCCAUGGUUCGAUGAACAUGCGUGCACUCGUACUCCAUGUUCUAGGCGACGCGCUUGGUAAUGUUGGAGUCAUCGCAACUGGCCUAAUUAUCUGGCUUUCAGAUUGGAAGUUCAAAUAUUACUGCGAUCCAAUCAUCUCGUUAGUCAUCACCGUCAUCAUCUUCUCUAGCGCUUUGCCUCUUGUCAAAUCCACCUCUUCUAUUCUUCUUCAAGCCGUCCCACCGUCGCUUUCUCUCCCACACCUACGCCGUGCGCUAAACAAGACAAAAGGUGUUCUAGCCGUACACGAACUGCACGUAUGGCAACUUUCGGAAGCCAAGUCGGUUGCGAGCGUUCACGUCCGGGUUGCCCACCCGACGGAAUUUAUGGCCAUCGCUGCUCGAGUUCGUGGGGUGUUGCACGCAUUUGGUGUUCAUUCUAGUACGAUUCAACCCGAGUACGCAGAAGUGGCCGUAAGCGCGCAUGCUAGUGAGGAAGAACUAAGAGGGUGUGUUGGUGAUAGCUGUUUGGCUCCGUGUGGUGCUCCUGGGCAGAAGGGAUGUGCACCUGAAGAUGGGUGCUGCCCUCCCACGCCAGACCAACGCACACAGUAG